AUGUUGUACGGCAAAGACUGGGAAGGCACGGGCCAUGUGCUGAGACUGGAGGAGUCCGAAGUGGCGCUGGAGAUGCGGAGCAGCAACGUGCCCAUCGAGAUCACGGACGGAUACCUGGUGGACUUUGUGUGGAAAUCCACGUCGUUUGACCGCAUGCAGGCGGCGAUGAAGACGUUCGCAGUGGACGACACGUCGCUGACGGGCUAUCUGUACCACAAGAUCUUGGGCCAUGACGUUGGAGUGCAGGCUUUGCGCAUCCCUCGCUCGGUGGGCACCCACUUCUCAGCACCUGGCCUCCCCGAGUUGAACACGUUCCAGAUGGAAGCAGUGAAGGGCGUGCUGGAGCAGCCGCUGAGUUUGAUCCAAGGGCCUCCGGGCACGGGCAAGACGGUCACGUCGGCGUCGAUUGUGUUCCACAUGUCGAAGCAGAACAUGGGCCAAGUGCUCGUCACCGCGCCCAGUAACAUCGCGGUGGAUCAUUUGACCAUGAAGAUCAGUGCCACGGGUCUUCGAGUGGUGCGUCUGGCUGCCAAGAGUCGAGAGGCGGUGGCUUCUUCGGUCGAACACUUGUCGCUCCAUGCCAUGAUCAAGUCUCUGGACUCGCCGGAUAAGGCGGAUCUACGCAAGCUCAUGCAGCUGAAGGACGACAUCGGCGAGUUGUCGUCUCAAGACGAGAAGCGCUUCAAGUCUCUGAAGCGGCAGGCAGAGCGCGAGAUCCUGCAAGCGGCUGACGUCAUCUGUACCACGUGUGUGGGGGCAGGAGACCCGCGUCUGUCGAACUUCCGCUUCCGCCAAGUCUUGAUCGAUGAGGCCACUCAAGCCACCGAACCCGAGUGUCUGAUCCCCAUAGUUCAAGGAGCCAAACACGUGGUGAUGGUGGGCGACCACCGUCAGUUGGGGCCCGUGGUGAUGAACAAGAAGGCGGCAAAAGCAGGCCUGAACAACUCGCUGUUCGAUCGACUGGUGAAGAGCGACACAAAGCACCGCCCGUUCCGUCUACGAGUGCAGUACCGUAUGCAUCCGUUCCUGUCCGAGUUCCCGUCCAACGAGUUCUACGAAGGCGAUCUACAGAACGGCGUGGCUGCGAGUGAGCGCCAGCUCUCGAGUGUGGACUUCCCGUGGCCGAACCCGAACAAACCGACGUUCUUCUACAUUUGUCUGGGCGCCGAAGAGAUCAGCUCCUCGGGCACCAGCUACUUGAACCGCACAGAGGCGAGCAACGUGGAGAAGAUCGUCACGACGUUCCUGAAAGCAGGUGUGCUGCCCUCGCAGAUCGGAGUCAUUACGCCGUACGAAGGCCAACGCGCGUAUGUGGUCAGCUACAUGCAGCGCAAUGGGCCGCUGCGCUCCCAGCUGUACAAGGACGUGGAAGUGGCGAGCGUGGACUCGUUCCAAGGUCGAGAGAAGGACCUGAUCAUCCUUUCUUGCGUGCGGUCGAACGAGAACCAGGGCAUCGGCUUCUUGAGCGACGAGCGGCGUCUGAAUGUGGCCCUCACACGCGCCAAGUAUGGCGUCAUUCUACUGGGAAACCCACGGGUGCUGGCCAAGCAGACGCUCUGGAACAAGCUGCUGAACCAUUACCGAGACAACCAGCUAAUCAUGGAAGGCCCGCUGAACAAUCUGACGCCUUCGCACAUGCAGUUUCCUGUCCAGAGACACUCGGAACGUGGCGCUCGACGUGAAGGUAACGGGUUUAAUCGCCGUGGACCGGCUCCUCCGUUGGACUCGCGCUUUGACCCUCGCUACGAGCAGACUGGGGGUCUUCCUCUGGAUCCGCUUGCUGCUGGAGGUCUUCCUCCGCCUGCGCCGCAGCGUGGCCCUCGUCGUGGACCGAGUAGUUAUGUGCCUGGGAGUAUGGGACCGCUGACGCAGGACGGGAUGACGCAGUCCUCGAUGGGGAUGGACGGGCCGUUCACGCAGAUGGCGCAGACGCAGUCUUUCAGUCAACUCUCGAGCGACAAGUUCGCGAUGUCCCAGGACAGCUUCGGAUACGAACACGACUUCAAGUCGCAGAACAUGCCCAUGUCGCAAGAUGCUCGUGCGCCUGGCAGCGACUUUUACUAAAAGGAGGGACUGGUGCGAGAGGCAAGGAAUGAUUCCGAUGGAGUGGUGCCGAUUUGAGAGCACGCAGUGCAGUGGAGAGCACAUACGAUCACUCACGAACAUGGCGUUAGAGUGUGAGCUGCAGGAGCGAUGGAAAGCUCCAAUAGGCUGCUAAAGUGCAAUGGUGUCCUGAUGGACGGAGGAAACGGAGAAGCGCUGGAGAGGCCAGUCGUUAAUUGGCUUCGAGCAAGCUCAAGUCUUACAGUCGAAGUUAUGCCACAACACGCGAAACUCAAGCAGCAACGUAGGAGAAAAGAAAAACUUGCAGCUCGAGGGCUUGAGCUGUAGCUCGUAAGGUCAGUUGGAGCCUAUUAUGUAGCCAACCGGUUCCUUCCACCUGGACGAAAUUUCUGUUUCUCGUUUUUUGGCGUGGCUGUUACUUGUCUUUUUCGGGAAGGGAUGCUGCGUGCUGGGCGCGUUUUCUUCCCAGCAAUAAACAUAUAACACAAGUCACCACCACUAUC